AACAUUUGUCCCAGAAUCAUGGAAGAAUCCCGUACAAAUUCAAGUAAGCUUGUUGUACUCGAUAAAUCAACAGAAGUGGUACUCUACCCGGAUUUGUUUCCGGAAGAGCCACCAUCUAUAGAGGCCGAAAUCAAACGUGGCAUCAAGGAACUGAAGCAACGCAAACGAAAGGCUAAACGCAAAAACCGGAAACCCAUAGAUGCAACAAAAUCAAGAAUAGCUAAGAUAGUUUUUCCCGGUCCUCCUAGAUUCCGAGGAUGUCACCAUAACGAAAGCAUCAUUAUCGAUAGGGAUAUCUUGAGUACGAACGAACACAUAAGAUUGCUGGCAAUGCCCCGUGUGAAGCCGAAACCAGAGCACCCACGUGUGGUAAUUAAAACUAUUCCUGCUGCCACAAAUCAUAUAAAAACCCUCGCCCAACCCAAAGCAUACGCCGUGAGGGAUACCAUCAACCUUCAUGGAGCUCGUCUCAAAUCGCACCAGAUGGAACGAAUAACGCAACGUUUGAAUGCUCGCGACUACCUAACCAUACCGGAGGCGCAACAAUUCGCUCGGCAGCAGCGUCGAGAUGAGAAAAAAUGGUUACGCUAUCGCCAGAAACAAGCGAGAGUCCUUAAGAAGAGAAUCGUGCGACUAGAGCUUGACUAUCUCCGGGGAGUGAUGGAAAAAGUGUAUCGCUUGACUAGAAAUUAUUUCUUGAAUAACGAAAAACCAAAUUUGGAAAACGAGCUUGCGUUUGCGUCCGAAGUUAUACUGACCCGAAUUUGUCAAGUGAUUAGAGUGAAAGCACCCGAACGCAGCAGUAAAAUGGAAUUGGAUCAAUACUAUUGGGAGCUAGCCGACAAAAUGGCCCUGUGGAUGUGGAAGAUUAUGCAAGCCAGUGAUGUCACCUUCGAGCGUCCGGAGGAAGUUGAUAAACGGUUAUCUGCAGCAUCGAGUGUGUUUGAGGAUCCAACUAAGCGUUCCAAAAAGAGCGAAAACGAGGAAGAAGUAACUGAAGAGGUAGAAGAGUUGGUUGCGGACGAUGAGACAUUUAAUAUUGUGGAAGGGGUAAUUAGAGGUUGCAUAGCGUCUGCAAUGCUGGCUGUAUACGAGCUGGAGAACCAGACAUUGUCGGGCCAUGAGCCCUCAUACUCUGGAGGGCAUAGUGUAUCCCAAACAGCAAUGGCAGCGGAUCAUAAUAGUGUGUCCAGAAUCGAGUCGGAGCAAGCGUCCAAAGUGAACUUUCUACUAAGAAAGUCAUCUACCAAUGGAGAGUUGAUGGAUGUGAAACUUGAUUACAUAGAUGAUGCAAAUCAAGAAGCGGAACCACCGAAUGAAUAAUAAAGAU